UCAAUGGGCUGUGAGACAGUCCCCUUCGCUCUCCAUCAUCAUCAUGAGCAGUAGCAAAUUGCAAGCGCGGAUCCGCAACAAAAUGUCAACUCUGCCAGCUCUCCCUCAACCGCAGACAACAUGAGCCGAGUCCCGUGUGCUCCUUCCCCCCGGAACAAGUCGCUGUCGCCAUGCGGAUCCACUGCAAAGUAGUUGUGAUCGCCGUGUGGUGUUUCGGAGUUCUCCUACUUUUCUACUUUUGGGGAGGCAAUGUCGCGGACGGUCCGCUGCCCGAAGAAGUUGCCGUGGGGGUGGACAGGACUUCUCCGUCGUCGUUCAAGCUCCGUCUCGAUGUUGGUCCAAAGUUGACGAGGAAAUCUCCCACUGUGCUCGAAGUGCGUCCGGAGGAUCCACCCAAAGGAGGAAAAAAACGGAAAGUGACUAAGCGAGAGGGCAACGUCAACGCCAAGAGUAAAGAAGGACGUGCUGUGGCCAGGCGCACCCGCGUAGAGGAAGUCAUGCACUUGGCCAUGGUGGCAUGUGGAAAUCGUCUAGAGGAGACCUUAACGCUCGUCAAAUCAGCUGUCCUGUUCAACCUGAAGAAGAUCAAGUUUCACAUUUUUGCUGAGGACCUCUUGAUCCCACAGUUUAAAGAAAAGCUUAGCCAGUGGCCCCAAUUUGUCAGAGCCAAGUUCCAGUACAGCCUCUACCCAAUCACCUUUUCAGUGGGGAAUGCGAACGAAUGGAAGAAGCUCUUCAAGCCCUGUGCCGCUCAGAGACUCUUUCUUCCUGUCAUCCUCAAGGACGUAGACUCAUUACUGUACGUGGACACUGAUGUGCUGUUCCUGCGACCUAUGGAUGAUAUCUGGAGAAUGCUGAAGUCCUUCAACAGCACCCAGCUGGCAGCAAUGGCUCCGGAGCACGAGGUCCCCAAGAUCGGCUGGUACAGCCGCUUUGCACGUCAUCCUUUCUACGGCAUCUCAGGGGUCAACUCGGGUGUCAUGCUAAUGAAUCUCACAAGGAUCCGCAGCACAUUGUUCAAGAACAGCAUGAUUGCCCGUGGUCUGUCCUGGGAGGACCUUUUACACCCACUCUAUCAGAAGUAUAAGAACCACAUCACAUGGGGAGAUCAGGACCUCCUCAACAUCAUCUUUCACUACAACCCAGAGUGUCUCUUCAUCUUCCCAUGCCAGUGGAACUACAGGCCUGAUCACUGUAUGUAUGGGAGUAACUGUAAAGGAGCUGAAGAGGAAGGUGUGUCCAUUCUCCAUGGCAACCGUGGCGUGUAUCAUGAUGAGAAGCAGCCGGCCUUCAAAGUAGUUUAUGAUGGAAUACAUGACUUCCCGUUUGAGGACAACAUGUUCCAGUCACUGUUCUAUCCCAUCCAGGCCAAAUUCCUGGACACAGUCAACACCCUGUGUGGUCGGAUUCCACAAGUCUUCCUCAAGCAGAUAGAAAAGACCAUGCGAAAAGUGUUUGAGGAGAACGUAAUCCGACAUAUCAGGCCACACAACUGACUGCCGGUGCAAUGGACUUCCUGUUAAUGUGACUACGGGACCGAGGAUCGUGCUGGCAUGACACACAGACUGUGUGUCAUGCCAGCCUCCCUUUGAGUGAACUUGUAGCACGUACGAAAGGAAUGGUAUUUCCUAAACUUUUUAUAUAAACAAUAAUGACCCAUUGGAUGGUUUUGGCCAUUGUAAUAUUGUCUUGUUCAGUACUCAUAUCAAUGAUGUGGUCGAAUAGCUUUUGGCUUAUUAUCAUCAAGCACAACCAGUUACAUUUGGGAAAAUAUGUCUCAAUAAUUACACCGGAUUGUUAGGUACAAAGUGAUGUUUCUCCUCAUAAACUGGAUCAAAAAUCCAUUCAUCAAAAAUCCAUUCAUCUCUUUGCAAAGAGCUGUACUCUAAAUGAAGUCAACUUUCGAAAUUGGAAGGUUAUACUGCUAUGUAGUGAACCCUGGAUUGCAAUGUAAACGUACAAAAACAAAUAACUUGAAAGUUAGGCCUAGAGGGUACUUACCUCGUCAGUUCUGUCAGUUUACCUACAGCAGUGAUCCCCAACACGACCAUUUUUCUACAGGAGGACAUAACAAAACACAUUAACAUCCAUAAUAUAAAAGUAAAUAAAUACAUACUGUACGUGACAUACUGUAUGCAGAAUCUGUGUGCCUGAGCUUGUUUCCCUCUAACCAAAUGGUCCCAUGUGGGGAUGAUUGGAGAAAGUAAUGGCCACAACAUGUUCCUUAUGUCCAUUCCUCCCCAUAAUUUUUCAAAUACUUUGGUUGCCGUCAUUCAAAAACGCUCAAUCACAAUGUUAGGAUGCUGGGAAUGGAAGCAGGGUUUUUGGUGCUUCCCUGUCCAUUUCUUGACAUUCUUACCUUUACGUUUUUCUACCGAGAGGCCUGAAAUCAGCUCAUUCUAAUUUCUUGAGCUUGACUCCGUCACUAGCAAAGAUCUCCACCUUCCCUUUCUGCUCCCGAGCCAGUGCUGUCAACAUAACAAACAUGCGUGCUCUCACAAGUGGGUCUUCUAAAAGGAAGUAACCAAUCAGAGGAAAGGGCCAAAUAUGGACAAAGCAGAUACAAAACUGGGUCAAACAGAAGUAGCUACAGAGGGGCCUUUUCUGGACACUCUUAUGAGAAAACCAAGGUGUUUUUUGACACUUUUAUACUAAGUCCAUGUUAGCGAGUCACUCUAUGGAGGUCUAAAUAGCCAAAAUACGGGACCUUUAAUACAGAACGUAGCAAGAUUUGAAGUAGUCUCAAACUGAUUUUAAAGGCCACCAUCGUUUGCAGUCUUAGCAGAGAAAAAAGUAGAAUCACCUGGCUUGUUCAUGGUGAGGUGGUGGAUCCAUUACUUCCCAGUUUGAACAUCUUUUGGGGGUAGCAAAUAAUGCUCAAACUCUUUUGGAAGUUGAGCUGAGAGAAUGAAUGCCAAGGGUCAGCUGUACUGUUUGCUGUUGCCAUGCAGCUACUGCUACAAAGCACAAAGAAAGUGCCGUGGAUAAAGUGAGUCAGUCUUCAAAAUGAAAUAUUCUGCAUAGAAAUGUAAAUUAAACAGCACUUUUUGUCCUUUCUGUUCUGCCUUUUACCAAAUUUUCUGAGGCCUGAAAAUGGGCUGCGCCCUGGUGGUUUAUGACCCUGCCCUAAACCUAGUUUUAAAUGCAGCACAAAUGGAGGUGUACAUGUUACAUGUGGAAUAUUGAAAUGCACUUUCAUUAUUAUAUUUCAGAUAAGUACUGAGUAACCGUAGGUCCACAGUAAAGCAACACCCUUUGAUGGACUGGCAACCACUCCAGAGUGUGCAGUCGUUCACAUUUUGCCUGAAGUCAGCUGGGAUAGGCUCCAGCUCCCCGCAACACUGAACAGGAUAAGCGGUAUGGAAAUGUAUGAAUAGAUGCUACAGCAGUCUGUCUGACUGGAUCAAAUCCAAAAGUGCAAGUGUUUGUAAGAACUGCAGCAGAGGGUGUGCCAUAUGAAUAUUGUCUGUUAUGUUUACUGUCAACACAAUUAACAGAUAUUUGUCUUAAAUGGUUAUCAAUUAUAUUUGUUAUAAUGUACUGUAGAUUUCAUUGUGGUGUGAUGAUGGCCUGUCCAGUAUAUUUAAUCAUUCAAACUGGAAACUGAUCAUGGAUGGGCAUUCAAAAUAUGUUUUUGAAUAAAACAAAGCAAUGGAAUGAGA